UGCCCAGGCGGGGCGUGUGCGCACAUGCGCAUCUCUCGUGGUGCCGUGGAGUCGGCUGCGUACCAGCACGCCGGUGGUCCAGACACGGUCCAACCGUUGGGCAGGGAGCGGGUGGCGGCGCGGCUGCAGGGCGCGCCCCGCGGGUGAAGAUGUCAGAAGCAGAAAAAGACUUGGUGGCUAAGAUGCUGCGAGCAGUGCUGCAGUCAAGCAAAGAUGGUGUGGCUUUCACAAGACUGCAGGAUGAAUAUAAGCAACUCACAGGUGAAGUGAUCCCUCAUAAACAGCUUGGAUUUCCCACCCUUGAGAACUACUUGAAAAGCAUUCCCUCAGUUGUGCAGUUUGCAGUUAAUAAAAAUGGAGAGAUGACUUGCUUUGCUACUGUAAGCAAUGAUAUUGCACAUAUUGCUAAAUUAGUAGCUCGCCAGAGAAGUCCUAAGAAGAAACACGGUGGACAAACGUUGGUAAAUUCUCAAUUACGAUUAAAACGUGCCUUACCAGCCAUGCAAGUAGGAAAACCUAAAGAAACAUUAAGACAACCAGAUUACUCUAAUCAGCCAGGAAAGGGGACCUGGAAGAUGAAUAGUGUUACAAGAGGAAAAGGAAGCAUGCAAGGAAUGAAGACUAGCUUGGGAAGAGAGGUGCCUUCAGAUUUCAAAGUACACGCAACAAUUUUUGGUGUACCCAAGGAUACUUCAAUUCGUAAGCCUCUAUCUGCUGCCGUCAAUAGGUCUGAAAAAAAACCAGCUAUGACAUUUCCUCCAAGAUUUCAAAAGGAGCAACAAGUGUAUUUGGCAAGAAAAAAUUCAAGUGAUCAAAAUGCCUUUUGGAGCAAUACCGUGGAUACGCAAAAAUAUGAUUCAUCAGCUCUUCAGUCAAACUACAAUAGUGAGUUGGUGCAGUCUCGACUGAAGGAAAUCUUAUGCAAAUAUACCAAUGGAAUUUGGUUCUCAAAACUGCCACAAUUGUACAGAAAAAUGUUCAAUGAGGAUCUCCAGCAAGAAGUUUUAAAGCAGUUAGAACAUUGGACCCAUGUGUGCACAGUUGAAAAGUCAGGUAGUUUGACAGAACUGCUGCUUUAUCCUCCAAAGAGUGGCCAACAGCAAAGGAAGGUUGUUUUCAACCAGAAAGCAACUGACAAGAAGCAGGAACCAUCAAUCACUAAUAAAACUGUAGCUCACGGAAGAAAACCAGUUUCAGCUAAAAGCCAAGUGGCAAAGGAUACAGAAGUGAAGCAAAAAAUCACUCAGCUAUUGCAAAAAUACAGCAGUGGUCUCUGGGCUAACGCACUUCCAAAAUUGUUUGAAGAGGCUUACAGGAUGCAGUUCCCUCAGAAUGUCUUGGAUGAUCUUGAUUGUUUGUCUGAUGUUUGUUCUGUGGACUAUGCAGUGUCAGGUGAUCGCAAAAAGGCAAUUCUCUAUGCAAAAGUAAAUACGGAUGAGCAAAAUGACAAAACCAAAGAGACACUUUCUCCUGUGGUGACACCCACUGCAUUGGUGAAACCGGAACCAAAAGAAGUAAUUAAUGAGGAGCGAACUGUUGUAGGAGUUCGUUCCAACAAAGCCUGUUUGAACACUGACCAACUGACAUUAACUGACAAUGAAGUAACUCAGAUUGCUAAUGAAUUCUCAUCAAGUUGCUCGAUGCAGCAUGUUCCUCCCCCACUUCGUAUUCCAGCAGAGCAAUUCCCAUCUGUACUGGUAGUGGAGCUUCAUAAUACUGUUGAAGCUGUUAUCAGGUACAUUGGGCCGGAGUAUUCUGGAGCUCUCGAGCAAAUGGAAGACUCCAUGAAAGAACACUACACUUGUUCAGUUGACCUAAUGCCAUUAAGUUCACUGAAUAUCGGAGAGCUUGUGGCUGUUGGUGCUGAAGAGGAUUCCUGGUUAAGAGCACAGAUUGUUACUGUGGAAGCAGAAAAAGUCAAGGUGUUCUUUGUGGAUCAUGGGUUUAAUGAGGUGAUUGACAAGGCAAAAUUAUACAAGUUAGAUCAAAGAUUUUGCUCCUUGAGCUUUCAGGCCUCAAAAUGCAAACUGGCAGGUCUUGAAGCAUUCUGCAAAGAGCCAUGUGUGUUGGAAUCUUUUGAACACUUAGCCAGUGGAAAGAUAUUGCUGAUGGAAAUCUUAGAAAGGAGUGAGAUUCCACUUGUUCUUUUGUAUGAUACUUCAGGGGAUGAUGAUUUUAAUAUCAAUGCUGCAUGUCUGAAGGCUUUGUAUGACAAGGCACUUGAAGUGAAUUUGAAGGAAAAUGGUGUGUACCUUAAUGUGGUAGUUACCAAUGUCUGUUCAGAUGGGACCAUCUACUGUCAAGUACCUUCAAAGGGUUGGAACCAGCUCAGUGCCUUACUUGAAAAAGUUGAACAAUAUUUCAACUACCGUCAACUCACAUCAGAAUAUUUCGUCUCAUUACCUUUUUGUGGUAAGCGUUGUUUAGCACGAUGGCGAGGAAAGUGGGCACGAGUAGAGAUUACCAAUGUACAUGGUGCUCGAGUUGUGGAUAUUAUAUUUUUGGACAUUGGAGUAGUUGCAUCUGUUGCUGUGUCAGAACUAAGAGAAAUUCCAUCCCCAUUUCUCAAGGACUCCAUUUCCAUACCACCUCAGGCUAUUAAAUGCUGCUUGGCAGACCUCACAUUUAACAUUGGCAUGUGGACACCUGAUGCAGUAAUGUGGCUUAGAGAUACUGUAUUAAAUUGCUCUGACUGCAGCAUUAAGAUUGUGAAAGUUGAUAAUGCCAAAGGACUAGUUCACAUUUACUUGUUUACUUCAAAAAAUUUCCCGAAUCCAGAACGUAGUAUCAAUCAUAAAAUAACCAAUGGAGAUCUGUGGAAGCACAGGAAAGACGUUUACCUGGGUGUCGAACGAAGUUCUUCUGGUUUCCCAAGCAAUAAAGGUGAUGCAAACAUUGCAUCAGAAUUUGAACCAAAAGGCCCAGCGAAGGAAUUGGGAAUUGCACCAAUCAAAAUGGUUGCCCCAAAUAUUACAAGCAACACUUUUCCACCUCCUUUUGCUUUGCCACAGCCUGGAGAGCACAUGGAUGUCUUCAUUUCAGUAGCUUGUCAUCCAGGCCACUUUGUUUUCCAGCCUUGGCAGGAACUGUAUAAGUUAGAGGUUCUUAUGGAAGAAAUGGUCCUUUAUUACAACAGUAUUGAGUGGCAGUCUGUGUCAUUGGAAAAGAACAAAAUAUUUGUUGCUCAGCUGGAUAACAAAUGGUAUCGUGUGCUGGUGAAAGGGAUUCUUACAAAUGGUUUGGUGUCUGUGUAUCAAUUGGAUUAUGGCCGGCAUGAGCUGGUGAGCUGUAGGAAGGUGCAGGCACUAAUGUCGCAAUUCCGUCAGUUGCCUUUCCAAGCCAUUACUGCGCAGUUGGCAGGUGUGAAAUGUGAACAGUGGCCAGAGGAAGCUUCGAUUGUCUUCCGGAACCAUGUUGAGAGGAAGCCUCUAGUGGCCCAAAUACAGACUGUUCAGGGGAAUGUAAAUUCCUGGGAUCGGAAAGUAGUGACUUACCUGGUGGAUACAUCCCUUCCUGAUACAGAUGUCUGGAUACAUGAUCUGCUGACAGAAUAUCUUGCAGAGCUGUCAAAUGUUGCAUAAUCAUUGAUUACCUUAACAUUUUCAAAGUUUAAUUUCUGACCAUUAGCAAUAACUGAUGUGAGAGCACAACACAUAAUCUGGUUUGCUGUUAUUUACAAAGGGUUCAAAAUAACUUGAAUGGUAUGUUGGCGAUAUAAAGAUUUGAAAGCCUCAUGCUUUUACUGUAAAAAUACAUAACAAUGAUUUGUUUGUUCUUUGGACUACUGAAGAAAUCUGUUUAUUAGAAAAUGUGCCAUUGAUUUGCCAUCAGCCUUUGCCUUUGGUCGUGUAUUUGACAUGAAGAGUUGCGUAGGAAUAAAGAAACCAAUUAACCAGUCUUCUGGUAAUUUAUUUACUUGUGCAAUGCAAUGGUGUUUGGGUUCAAUAUACUAAUUGGAAAAACUUUCUCACAAGGUGGUUGAGCUAAAAAAUUUCAAAGUAAAUUUUAUUAGCAAAAUACAUAUGUCACCAUAUACAAUCUUGAGAUUCAUUUUCUUGUGGGCAUACUCAGCAAAUCUAUAGAAUAAUAUUAUAACUGGAUCAUUGAAAUUAAAGGGAGAGGAACCUGAUAUUUUAUGUAUUUCUUAAUCCCUGAUUCACUGGGGUGGGAUUGGCUGAGUGUAGAUAGCUUUUUUUGUGAGCUGGGUAAAAGCUCAAACCUAAAUGUGCUUAUUGAGAAUAGCUUGCGGUUCAAAUUUAUUUUUAUGGUGUUGGAUAAUACAUCUACAAAGAAGUCAGCUGAACUUAAAGUGAGCAUUUUAAUGCUAUUUUAUUCAUGAAGAGAUUGUGUUGUGAUGCCACAUCAAAUCGUAAUGGUACAUGUAAAUAUUGAAAUCAUUAUUCAUACAGUGUAUUUAUAUCAGAAUCAGUUGCCUACAUUUACAAAUAAUGGAAUAUUUUAUUUUUCAAGACCAUUCAAUAAUUUUGCUAGGUUUAAAUGAGACUCUAAAUUGGAGAAAGGCCAAUUUUGAUAACAUUAGAACAGAUCUGGCAGGUGUGGAUUAGAAUAGGUUGUUUUCUUCUUGGUAAGUGGGAGUUCUUAAAAUAUUGAGUGUACAAAAUUUCCUGUUAGAAUAAAUGGCAAUGCUAACAGCUUUAGGAUCCCUUUGGUUUUUGAGGGAUUUCUGAGGUUCUGGUUAAGAAGUGGGGUGCAUACCAGGUGUAGGCAGUUAGGAUUAAAUGAGAUGCUUGAGUACAAUAAAUGCAAGGGAAAUUUAUGCAGGGUGGUUUAUAAAAAAAAGAACAUGGAGUUAGUCUGGCAGACACGAUGAAAGAGAAUCCCAAGAACUAAUAUAGCUAUAUUAAGGGAAAGCGGUAACAAAGGACAGAAUUUGUCCAUGUGAAGAUCAAUGAGGCCAUCUAUGCGUGGUGCUAAAAGAGAUGGGAGAGGUAAUUUUAUUUUCAUCUGUAUUUACUUGAGACAAACACAGGGUCUAUAGAAUUAAGGCAGAACAGUAGUGAGGUCAUAAACUAUAUCAGGAUUACAGGAGAAGAAGUGCUUGCUGUCUUGAGGUAAAUUAGGGUGGAUUAAUCAAUCCCCAGGGCCUAACAAGGUGUUCCUCGCACCUUGUGGGAGGCUACUGCAGAAAUUGCAGGAACCCAGGAGGAGGUAUUUAAAACGUCCUUGGCCAAGAUGAAGUGCAGAAGGACUGGAGAAUAACAAAUGAUGUUCUGUUGUUCAAGAAAACCUCUUAAGGAAAGUCAAGAAAUUACAGGCCGGUGAGCCUAAUGACAGUAGAGGGUUAAUUAAUGUGAGGUAUUCUGAGGAAUAUGAUAUACAGCUUAUUUGGAUAGAUUAGGGACCUGCUCAGGAAUAGUCAAUAUGGCUUUGUGCGUGGUAGGUCAUGUCUAACCAACCUUGAGUUUUUUGAGGAGGUUGCGAGAAAGGUUGAUCAAGAAAAGUUGGUGAAUAUCGUCUUGGACUUCAGCUAGGUUCUUGACAAAGUCUCGCAUGGGAGGCUGGUUCAGAAGGUUCAGCCACUUGUCUUCUCCCAUGAAGCCAAUUUACUAUGUACUUCAUCCUGAAUGCCAAGUGGUGAUCUGACUGGAGGCCUGUGACUAGUGUUGUGCUGCUGCAGGGAUUGGUGCUACAUCUGUUGUGGUUUAUCGUGUCUUUUAAUAAUGUGGUAAACUGGAUCAGCAACUUUGCAGGUGACACCAAGAUUUGGAUGUAGUGGAUAGUAAGAAAGGCAACAAAGCUUGCAGCAGGAUCUGGACCAACUGGAAAAAUGGGCUGCAAAAUGACAUGGAAUUUAAUGUAAGGAGUUGCAUUUUGGCAGGACAAACCCUGGCUAGGACUUGGACAGUGAAUGGUUGGGUACUGAGGUGUGUUGCCCAAAAACGAAAAAAAUAAUUCAGUCUUCCCCAACCAGAAACCCUGGAUGAACAAUGAAAUCCGCAAUCUGUUAAAAGCCAGAUCAGAGGCAUUUGAGUCUGUCGACCAGGUAAUUUACAAGAGGUACAGGUACAAUCUCUGGAAAGCCAUCUCACGGGUGAAGUGGCAAUUCCAGACUAACCUAUCAAUGAAGGAUGUUCAAGCAACAGACACAAAAUGCUGGUGGAACGCAGCAGGCCAGGCAGCAUCUGUAGGAAGAAGUGCAGUCGACAUUUCGUGUCAAGACCCUUUGUCAGGACUAAUGGAAAAAAGAGUAAGAGAUUUGAGAGAGGGAGACCUGAAAUGAUAGGAGAAGACAGGAGCUGGGAAGUUGUGUCAUCUUUAACUUUCUGCCUUUUGGAAAUCAGGUCAUCUUUUACUCGCUUAGCUUUUCACAGUAACAGAAAUUUUGACUGGAGUGCCCAAACUUUUGCCUGCCACUGGAUAUCAGCUAGUUGAGUGGUGUAGCAACAGCCCUGCACUCAGCGUCAGUAUGACCAAAGAGCUGAUUGUGGACUUGAAAGGGUAGGAUGAGGGAUCACAAACCAAUCCUUAUAGGUCAGAAGUGGAGAGAGCGAGAGAAAUUGAAAUUAAGCUCUUGGGUGUCAAGAUCUGAGGAUAUAACCUGGUCCCAACAUUUGAAUACAACCAUAAAGAAGGUAAGACAGCAGCUAGAUUUCAUUAGGAGUUUGAAGAAAAUUGGUUUAUCACCUAAGACAUUCAAACUUCUACAGACGUACUGUGGAGAGCAUUCAGAUAGGCUGUAUCACUGUCUGGUGUGGCAGUGGGGGGGGAGGUGGGAGCUACUGCAUAGGAUCGAAAUAAGCUACAGAAAGUUGUAAAAUUAGUUAGCUCUAUCUUGGGUACGAGCCUCUGCAGUAUCCAAGACAACUUCAAGGAGAGGUGCCUCGGAAAGGUAGCAUCCAUCAUUAAGGACCCCCAUCACCCAAGAUAUGUUCUCUUCCACUGUCACCAUCAGGUAGGAGGUACAGAAGCCUGAUUCAGGAACAGCUUCUUCCCCUCUACCAUCCAAUUUCUAAAAGGACAUUUAACCCAUGAAUACUAUAUCACUUAUUAUUUCUGUUUUUGCACUAUUUUUAAUUUAACUAUUUAAUACACACUUAUUGCAAUCUACUGAUUUGUUUUUCUGUAUCAUGUAUUGCAUUGUAUUGCUACCACUGAGUUAACAAGUUUCACGACAUGCUUUUGAAAUUAAACGUGAUUCUGAUUAAAGGAGAUGUUUGAAGUUAAUUACCAAUAGCUACAAGGUACUUGCCAUACUUAAAUAUUUCAUCUUGCAAACACUGAGAUUGCACAUAAGUAAAAAUUGUAUCCUCACGUUUGGAACCAGUGAUGCAGAUAAAUGAUUUUUUUUAUUAAAAUCUGUUAAUUAGCCAAUCAUCUCUGCAUGGUAGCACACUACGCCCAAGGUCAUAAUCUUUUCGGGGCAGUAAAUUUUUAAGUGCCUUAUCAAUCACUUCUGGAAAUCCAUUUGCAACAUAACAACCACAGUUUCCCUUUAUUUCUCCUGCUUGUUACAUCGUCAAAAAGCACACUAAUUAAAAUUUGUUGAACAUCAUGCACAAAAUGGAGCAGGUAAUAAAGAAGUAAUGCUUUGGGCCAAGACCCUUCAUUAGAACACCAGCAUUUUGUGUGUAUUAAUCCAAAUAUCCAGCAUCUUCAAUCUCUUGUCUCCAAACUGAUUCUGCUUGCUUGUAUUAUGAUCAUUCUAAGUCUUGUUUUUGGUGUCUUUGUUAUGGCAACCAUACCAUAAUACCUUGGAGAUUAUGGACUUUGAUAUGUUUAAGAUGAAACUUAAUUGCCUCCUUUUUGUUAA